AUGUUUAUACUUAGAUCAAAUAUACAAAAAAGAUUACUACUAAAUAAAAACGUUUCAUUUAUACCUCAAUAUAAUGAAAGAGUAAUUACAUUAGUAAAUAAUAGUUUUAUAUCCACACUUCCCCAAUCUCAUUUAUAUUAUUCUGCUAAGAUCAACAAUGAACAAUCUUUAGGAAAUAAUGAACAGAUCAAUAGUAAUGAUCCAAUUUUAAAUACUACAUCAUAUGAACCGUGGUACCUCAGAUUAGGUGCAAAUCAAAGACAAAAUUUAAAAUUACAAGAAAACUAUAUCAAAGAAAUUAUACAAUACCCAGAAGAUUUUAUUCCAUCAAAAUCUUUAACAGAAAUAUCUGAUUUUUUAGUUGAUAAAUUAGGUUUAUCAAAUGUUAUUGUCUUUGAUUUAUCAAAAUCAUCUUUUGAAGAUGAGAAUUAUACUAACCCAAUAUAUGGUAAGAUAGGAAAAAUUGUUAUACUUUCUACUGCUCUAUCAGUGAAACAUUGUCAUAACAGCUAUAUUGAAUUAAACCAACUUUUAAAAGGAAAAUUUAAUGUAUUUUCUACAGUCGAGGGAAAAUUAAAUAACAAUGAAUUGAAAAGGGUCGAGAAAAGAUUUAAAAGAAAAAAUAUUAAAAAUAAGCAAGGUCUUAUUAACGAUAUAUUCAAUAUUAAUGAAAGUUGGUAUAUGAUAGAUUGCAAAAUUGAAGGAAUUAUAGUUAAUAUAAUGACAAAGAGAAAGAGAUUAGCUCUAAACCUAGAAGAAUUAUAUUGUCCUAUAAAUGAAAAAAAUAAAUAUAGAAAUCAAAUUGGUAGUCAAAAUUCAAACUCAUCCAUCGAGAAUGAUGAUUUAUUACAUAAUGUAAGUCCUAAUCAAAAUAUUCUAGCUGGAUUGAAAAGGCUAGCUCAUCAAAGAAGAAAUUACUCCACUAUACUCGAUAAACAAGCAAAAAAUUAUUCAAUUAAAAGUAACAACAGCAAAAAUAUCAGUGUAAAUCCAAAUCCUACAGUUUUCUUAGAAAAAAUAAAGUCUUCUAUAAAAAAUUUGAACUCUGAAACUAAUCAACAACUAUCACAACAAUAUUAUACUUCCACUUUAGAAGUGAUGGAUCAAAUAAUUGACUAUUUAAAACAAAGUCCUGUGAACAAAACAAAAAGAAUAAUUAUAAAAGAAUGGAAAGAAAGUUUUGAUUUAUUAUGGCCUUUAAUAUUACCAAUCGAUAACAAUGAAAAAUUCUGGCAUAAAAGGUUCGAAUUUUUAUCAUUAUUAAAUAUGAUCAAUCCAAGACAAUACCAAACAUCAAGAUUUAUUAAAGAUUAUUUUAUUUUGAAAAAGCUAACAAAUCAUUCAUUAACUCGUGACGAACUACUUGAAUUUUUAAAGUUGAAUAUUACAGAUAUUGGGAUGAACAAUGGCAAAGGGUUAUUGACAUGUAAUAAUACAAUAUCACAAGUUCUACCACUAUAUGAUGAUACUACUUUGCAAAUAUCUACGGAUCCAGAACUUGUUAAUCUAUUCUUGCAAACAUUAGUGAAUAACACUGCAAAUAAAUUGAAUAGCUUAUAUUCUUUCGUUGAAUACAUCCUAACACAUACAAAUAACCAGCCCCAAUAUGAUAUUAUUGUAGCCAUAUUGAGAAGUUUAGCGCAAGCUAAACAUUGGCAUGCAUAUUUCAAUUUCUGGGAGAAUAAACUUCAUAAUAUCACUAUUGGAAAUGACUAUAGACCAUGGGAACAGUUCAUUCAAUAUCUAGUAGAGAGCAAAGAUCAAAAUUUAAUGUAUCAAUUAAUUAAAGAUGAUCAUCUUUUAUGGUUGAAAAGAUAUCAAGUUCCCAUCACACCAGGAAUAAGAUACCAAAUCACCACUUUAUUUGAUAUCUUGGAUCCUCAAAGGGAACAAUUCAAAGAAUUAGAAUCUUUGUUGUUAGAUAUGCAACAUAGCAAAAUUUUACUUUAA